GCUCAGUCUCAUCUCACUCUCUCUUUUUCAUGAUAAACCGUUUCCUCUUACAACACUGUUUGAAAGGUGUUUGUCCUGAGAAGCUGCUCAGGUACCGCUUGCAGCCUCAUGUCUCUUGAUGUGAGCUGGAACCGGGCCUGAUGAGAGGUUAUUUCCAGAGAUGUGGCCGCGGCUGCACACCUCCGUUACUUGGAAACCGUCAGAAAUGUCUGCGGAAAGUUUUCUUCGGAUGGAAGAAGUUUUGAGACAAAGCGGUUGCCACGGGGCUGCUUCCUUUGCUGUUUAGUGAUGAUGGAGGAACACAAGGUCUGAGUGACACAAUGUCUUUGGGGGAGUUCAUCGAGCUCCGUGACCUUAGGCCCGGCAAAGAGAAGAUAGAGCUGACUGGCACGCGCUCGCCAUGCUCACCUCCUCGCCUGGAGAGAACCAACGCUCUGAGGAUCAGCCCGGGGAAGGUCCCAGAUCUGCUGUGCCGGGUGGGCAUCAUCAGAGUCCUGAGCAGCUCCCAAGACCCCCAGCUCCCAGAGGAGAAGGGAGAGGGACACAACUUCCAACCCUGCAGCCACGCUCAGCCCACGUGGUGUGACCUGUGCGGAGACUUUAUCUGGGGCCUUUAUAAGCAGAGCCUGCGGUGUGUCAACUGUAAAUUCACGUGCCACUAUCGCUGUCGUGCCCUGAUCCAGUUGGACUGCAGCUGGGACCGAGGAUCUGUGGCUGACCACACAUGUGUUGUCGAGCACACCAUAGAAACAGACACAAAUGUGGAUGAACAAAUUGAUUUGGGGAAGCAGGAGUUGACAACUGCAGAUAUCCAGCAGAAGUUGAAGGAAUACAACGCUCAAAUCAACAGCAAUCUGUUCAUGAACAUGAACAAGGAUGGUUCCUACACUGGCUUCAUAAAGGUGCAGUUUAAGCUGGCGCGGCCAGUGUCGGUUCCACAGCCGAAGAAAGGAGGACACGACACUGGAGCGAGGAAGCCUGCUGGAGUGAAGCGCCGCACCUCUUUCUACCUGCCAAAGGACGCAUCCAAGCACCUGCACAUCAGCUCUCGCACUUCCGCUCGUGAAGUCAUCGAGGCUUUGCUGAAAAAGUUUACUGUGGUGGACAAUCCUGGCAAGUUUGCUCUGUUUGAGCGCAGCGAGCGUCAUGACCAAGUUUAUCUUCGUAAGCUGCCUGAUGUUGAGCAUCCCCUCCGCCUGCGUCUGAAUGCCGGACCCAAUGAGAAAGUCCUCAGUUUUGUUCUGAAAGAGAAUGAAACUGGAGAAGUCAAUUGGCACGCCUUCUCCAUGCCUGAGCUGAAGAACUUCCUGCGCAUCCUGCAGCGCGAAGAAGAGGAGCACGUCAAGCAGAUAGUGCAGCGAUACACCCUGGCCCGCAUUAAGAUGCAGGAGGCUUUGGCUGGCUCCACUCCCGGCUGAGACGACUCUGCGCUCGGGGUUUAAACGUGCACCUCAUGGCUGGACAAAUCACCUGAUGAUGACCAGUCAUCGCUGCAUCCAAAGAUCCCAGAGAACACAACUCAAAAAACACCUCUUCGGUGAACGAGAGAGUGAGAAAGGGCGCAAGACAAUGAGAGAGAGAGAGCUAGCGCGAAUGUGCGUGUGAGAUGAUGCGAGAGAUGAGAAGUGCCUUACACCUGGAGAGUCUGAUGUGCCUGAGAGAAUGAGUUGAGAGAAAUGAAGACUGGCAGAUGAGACGGUGGUUGUAUCCAGUAAUUUCAUUAAUUAUUGGGUACCAUCUGAUUAUCCUGUGCACCUCAGUUGUGUCACUUUAACUUUAACGAAAACGACAGUGAUGAUUUUGUCAUUUUACAAUAUUGAAAAUCCAUUUGACAGUUAUGCAAUUUUAGAAAUGGUGCCAGAUUCGAGCACUGUGUUAUUGCAUUCCUGUUUUGCAGAAUAUAAAAUUGGUAUCAUGUGUAAUCAAAGUUUAAAUACAUUCCAUUUGGUCCGAGAUUAACUCACCCUGAAAACCCUGCUUUAAAAUCAUCUUGAUGAAUGUUAUCCUGUCAGAAGUUAAAUGCAUUUGUAGCUGAAAAGCAUAUAUGGAUUUUCAUUAGACCCCGUCUCAAAAGUCUGCCAUGUCCUCUCGACACCCCUGAUGGGUGCAACUCAACUUUUUUUAUUUUAGUGUCAAUUUGCGAGUAUGACUGAUGUAUGGACAUUUGUAUGCAAUUAUGAAUGUCAGAGAGAACCGUGUCAAAGUCACUCUGGUUGACUGGAAUCUUGAAUGAAUUUUGAUAUUAUACAUGUUUCACUGACUGGAAGCUGUCAGUCUUUAUAUAUUUGUUUUUCUAGCCUUUAACAAAAAUGUCUGUCUCCUGUUUUUUUUUCUCCAGUUCACUUUCAUUGUAUCCUUCUAUGCACAAAUUUACAUGUUGUAGCAACCUUCAAAAUGUCGUGAAAAAUGUGCACUGCGAUCAGUAAAGAAUUUUCCAGUUUUGUCAA